CGUACGAACACAAGGAGGAAGAUAGCCAACACAGAAUGGGAUCUGCACUGUCUUCCUUCUUCGGAGGCGCCGCCGACGCCGCCACUGAGGACUCAUCGCAGGAGCCUUCUUCCGUCACAUCGUUCCACUCCUCCGCUCGUUGGCAGCUCCACUUCAACGAAGCAAAGGAAUCUCCCAAGCUGAUGGUCAUAGAUUUCGCGGCCUCUUGGUGUGGUCCUUGUAAGAUCAUGGAGCCCGCAGUCAAAGCCAUGGCUUCAAGGUUCACCGACGUCCAGUUCUCCAAAAUCGAUGUCGACGAGUUGAAUGAUGUGGCGCAAGAAUUCAAAAUAGAGGCUAUGCCUACGUUUGUGCUUGUGAAGAAAGGGAAGGAAGUGGAUAGGGUGGUUGGGGCCAAGAAGGAUGAGCUUGAGAAGAAGAUUGUAAAGCACAGGGCUCUUCAAGCUGCUGCUUAGCUUGAAACUUGUAUUGCCGCAAUUGACGUGAAAAGUGAAGUUUGAACUCUCUCCUUAUAUGUGUUGUCUUCAUAUUAGUAUCUUUGGUUUUCAAGAAUUAUAAUGAUUAAGAUAGUGUAUGUUUGAUGUUCUAGUGAUAAGCACUACCACACUUGUUGACCAUGAAAUAAUGCUACUUAGUUGAAUCUGUUUCCCAUUCUUCAGUA